AUUUAAUAUGUUUGUUGGGGGGCUGGGUUCGGUUGAGUAAGUCACCUCCCAGCCAGAUUUGUUCUGGGAAUUUCAAUUUUAAAUUGUGAUUGAAGGAGUUGAAGCAAAUUUUUACCGUACAGCAAACUUUGUUUAAUUCAAAAUUUUAGUGUAAACUGUGACAAUGACGACUGAAACAGGUUCGGAGACUGAAGUAAAGAAGCACCUGGAGCAGACCAAGGAAGAGCCUGCAGCUCCAGAGCAGCAGACACAGGUGCAGGACGAACCGGCACUGCAGCAACAGGUGUACCCGAAAGAAUACACAGGGGCUGAGAAAACAGAGGAGCAGACAAAUAACAAGGAGACGCUGCAGUCUGCCACUGCAGAACAGCCUUCAGGCGAAGAACAUACAGACACUCCCCCGUCACCAAAGCCAGCUAGCCCCAGUGUACAGACCAGCCCCGGGUUGAUCAAGAAGGAGAAAGAGCAGGCUGCAGGGAAGGGCAUCUCUAGGUUCCUUCCCCCAUGGCUUAAGAAACAGAAAUCUCAGAGCCAAGUCGAGCCCAAGGAGAGUCUAGGGAGUGAGGACAGGGUGAAGGAGGAGGGUGACGUUCAGGAGAAAUCUGAGGAGGAGGGGGGGGAAAAGGCGUCGGGAAGAGAGGACGGAGUAGACAAACCAGCUGAGGAUCAACGCUCUCUGCCGCAGGACAGUAAGGCAGAUGAAAAGGAGGAGAAGCAUUCAGUAAGCAGCGCAAAGACACAGCCUGCAAAAGAGGAAACCAGAAAAGACACUUUGGAAAAGGACGUAGACUUGGAGGAGGAGGAGGACAAGAACGGAGCUGGGGAGGCGAUUCAGAAGAAGAUUGAGGAAGAGAAAGUUCAGAAACCUGAAUUGAAGGCUGAGAAGCCACACAAGAAGAUGAAGACUGUGGUGUGCAAGGUCAUGAUGCUGGAAGGCACAGAGUUCCCCUGUGAGGUCGAGAAACGUGCAAAAGGCCAAGUGCUAUUUAACAAAGUAUGUGAGAAUCUCAAUCUGUUGGAGAAGGACUAUUUUGGUCUGACAUACAGAAAUAACACUGACCAAAAGAACUGGCUUGACCCAGCAAAGGAAAUCAAGCGCCAGAUUCGAAGUUCUCCUUGGCAGUUUGCCUUCAGUGUAAAAUUCUAUCCGCCGGAUCCCUCGCAGUUAACUGAAGACAUAACUAGAUAUUACCUGUGCCUUCAGCUUCGUCAGGAUAUUGCUUCGGGCCGCCUCCCCUGCUCGUUCGUGACUCACGCUCUGCUCGGUUCCUAUUCCCUGCAAGCUGAGCUGGGAGACUACGAUCCUGAAGAGCACAGAGUGGACUACAUUAGCGAUUUCCAGUUUGCACCAACGCAGACCAAGGAGCUGGAAGAGAAAGUGAUAGAACUGCACAAAACACACAGGGGAUUAACUCCAGCUCAGGCUGAUGCUCAGUUUUUAGAAAAUGCUAAGAAACUUUCCAUGUAUGGAGUGGAUCUGCAUCAUGCCAAGGAUUCGGAAGGAGUGGAUAUCAUGUUGGGUAUAUGUGCCAAUGGACUGCUGAUCUACAAAGACAAACUCAGAAUAAAUCGUUUUGCUUGGCCAAAGAUUCUCAAGAUUUCCUACAAACGCAGUAACUUCUACAUCAAAGUCAGACCAGGGGAGACGGAGCAGUUUGAGAGCACCAUUGGAUUUAAGCUGCCAAACCACCGGGCUGCCAAGAGGUUGUGGAAGGUUUGUGUGGAGCACCACACUUUCUUUAGGUUGGUGUCACCCGACCAGCCCCCGAAAGCCAAGUUUCUGACUCUGGGCUCCAAGUUCCGCUACAGUGGUCGAACACAAGCUCAGACAAGACAGGCCAGCACUCUCAUUGACAGACCAGCUCCAUAUUUUAAACGCACUUCCAGUAAUCGAGUGUCCAGGAGUCUUGAUGGAGCUCCUGUAGCCAGUGUUACUGAUCACAGCCUGGUGGAUUCUUUUGUUGCUGAAAUCAAUGGGAAGGGUGACGCAGCAGAUAAGGAUAAUGCAGAAGAACCUGGAAAGCCCUUCAGAACUCAAAUGGAACUCUCCCAGGAAUCCAAGUGUCUGUUCAUGUACCCCUUGUCACCCACUUGCUCCAUGUCAUCUAUUUCCCUAAACCUGGAAACCAUCCAUGAGUUGGAUAUUCUGACAGACAUUUCAGAGGAUGACCCACAGUCAUUGGCUGAACUUGACCAAGAAUGCCCAGUUGCUAAUUGUAAAUCCAGUUCCCAAGAGAAUACAGAGGACAUUACCUCAUUAGAGCUUGAUAAUGAUGUCAAAUGUUCUUCACUGAACCAUCUCAGUCCUUACUAUGCUAUUCCAGCCACAAAGCAAUGCCAUUACUCUCCAGAAGGGGGCAUUGACUCUGUAGAAAUGAAAUCCCAAUUUCACCACUUUAGUUUCUAUAAAUAUCUCAAGUUCCCCACCUUGCUGGAUGAAGACGGCUAUAUCUGUUUUCCCAGCCUGCCAGAGGACUGUGCCUCCUUCUUGCCCCACAACCUCCAGCGUUACAUCCCCAUCACCUCCCCUUCUUUCAUCCCCUCCUUCUUUCUCAUAUUUGCGCUGCUUCUCUCAGCUUUUCAGUCGGUCCCCUUCUCCCUCACCCUGUCCCUUCCUCUCGCUCUGUCCCUUUGCUACCUGGAGCCUAAGGUGACAUUGAUCACCUCUUGUGACUAUGACUCGAUUGACAAGGCAGAGCCAGAGGAGGUGGAGGAAAAGCAAAGCGAUAGCACAGCAGCGGCAGCCACUGAGGCGGAAACCAGCGAGAGCAAGUCAUUGAGAAUAGAGGGGGAAAAUAUAUAUGUCAGACAUAGCAAUUUAAUGUUGGAGGACCUGGAUAAGACCCAGGAGGAGGUUUUGAAACAUCAUGCUAGUAUUUGCGAAUUAAAACGCAGUUUUAUGGAAUCAACACCCGAGCCACGCCCCAGUCAGUGGGAAAAGCGUCUUACCACAACUUUGCCUCCAAUGACACUAGGGAGCUUAGAAGAGGAGAUAACCAUUUUAUUAAGUAAAGAAAGCUUUUCUACUUGUUUGACUGGCUCCUUCACCACUACUGCAAAGCGAGCAGCAGAGGGCGCUGGUGCUAAAACUCCAGCUGAAUCUCUUUCUAUGUCCCCUUCGACAUGGUCCACUGAGAAAACCCAGACCAGAACAGAUGGACCUCAACCAGAUGCCAGAAACAUCACUGAGACCUCGGAUGAAAAACAAAAAUCAAAGAUGGGGGAGGAGGUAGAGGUUGUGAUAGAAGAAACUGUAAUUGAAGAGAUCAGGAGAACGCCCAAACUUAAAAACAGCCCAGACACUACCAAAAACCCUGCAGCAGCCGUUCCAUCAGGAGAGGGUGAGAAGGAGAAAGCGCUGGAGGAACAGGAUAGUAAGGCGAGCACGUCUUCCGACAGCCAUAGUGAGAGCGAGGAUGAAGCAGAGUACCACCCCCAGCUGGUGAAGGUGGCUGUGGACCAGAUAAGGGAAGAACCAGAAGAGAAUGAUGAAGAACUGGGGAAGGAAUCCCAGCUGCCCACAGAACAUCCAGCUGAAGAAAUUUUGUUGCCUCCACCUCCUGAGGUUCAGGGAGUUGCAGAUGAAGAAAAGCAGGAAUGCAAGGGCCACGGAGAAGAUGAAGCUCCGAGCUCCCCAGCUGAGAAUAAGACGGAACAAGAAGCAGAAAAGACUGAGGAGCCAAAAGUAAAUGGGGAAGAGUCUCGCAGUGUUUCCGAAGUUAUCCCCCAGGUGAUUUGUUGCUCUGAGCCUCCAGUGGUGAAGACAGAGAUAGUGACCAUCUCUGAUACCUUUGCUGCCCAGAAAAAAGACAUCUCAACAACAGAGGUUCCCAUCGUGCACACUGAGACUAAAACUAUUACUUAUGAAGCUUCCCAGCUGGAUGGCAGCGAAGAUGGUGAGCCUGGCAUUCUUAUGUCUGCACAGACCAUCACCGCUGAAUCACUCUGUACUACAACAACUACACACAUUACCAAGUCCGUAAAAGGUGGUCUUUCUGAAACCAGGAUUGAGAAGCGCAUUGUCAUUACUGGAGAUGCAGAUAUUGACCACGAUCAGGCCUUGGCCCAAGCAAUUAAGGAAGCCAAAGAGCAGCACCCUGACAUGUCAGUGACCAGGGUGGUGGUACAUAAAGAAACUGAGCUCGCUGAGGAUGGGGAGGAUUGACUGGAAGAACUGAAAAUAGUACCCCAAGGAAGUUGUCCCUCAGUUUGAGAUUAUUCUAGGCAUCUUGAAAGUGGAGCAACUGUCAGCUAAUGUACCCUGAAGAAUUUCCGAAGAUGGCGAGAUAAACUCAAUAUUCUGUCUGUGCUUUGCACAGUUCCUAUUUUUACUCCUGUUUAUAAGAAAACCACUUAACAUUCCUAGCUUUUUUGUUUCAUUUUAUAAUUAGUGCUGUUGCAAAAUUUGUUUACCAUUUAUUAAAAACAAAUAGUUUACAAGUGAUCAUUUUUGAAUUAUUACAAGUAGCAGUCAUAUUUGAUACAUUUCUAUUAUGUACAGAAAGCUUAUCUUUAGAUUAAAUCGAUCAUCAGAAAAAAUGUAUAAUUUGAAAAUUGAUUGGAUUUAUCAUUUACUCUUUGUAUAAACUUGUAUCAAACAAAUGAAGAAUGGUAAAAUAAUCUAAUUGGGUACAUUUUAACGGGACCUGAUUUUGACGAUGCACUGUGUAAUGAACUACAUUGCACUACAGUGCCAAUACUCUCUUAUAUGCAGUCAAGCUAAACAUUCCUUAUUAGGGAGGUGUAUUUAUCUACCUCCUACUUAAAUGUUUCAAUUCUAGGCAGCUUUAAAUAAAAUUGCGUUUCCAUAACUUUCUGGCAUCGCUAAUCUGAAUGAUAUUUGUAGAAUACUUUUGCUAUCUUAAACGCUUUGUCUUAAUGUGUAUUCUGAUUUUGCUGUUACUUGGGGGCGUUUGCGCUUUUGAAUAUUUUGUGUUUUUUUGUUUGUUUGUUUGUUUGUUUAAAUUAAAACAAACAAAAAAAUAAUCAAUUUCACCAAUCUUUGAUCCUGUCCUCUAGAUAACAAAGGCAGCUUCCUUUUUGCUUAGCACUUUGAAAAAUUAAAUACCUUGCUGUAUCCCAAUGACUGUCAGUUUGUUUUGUGACCCCCUGUGUAUAGCAAAAAUAGCAGCUUGGAAGAAGUGCUCUGUUAAUUUUGUUUUUGUUUGUUUCUGUAACACUGUUAAAAUAAAAGUUUGUUUAUUCUC